AUGAAAUUAUCAUUGAAAUCUCGUCAAACCUCCUCUAAUGAUUUUAAUUUUCCAUCGGAAAAAAUCGGCGGUCAUUGUUUAAAGAUAAGUAAACUUAUUCUAGCCGCUUUACCUUCGGUUGUCUUUGGUGUAUUUACAAUUAUUUUUACAAUUCAACAAAAUUCUACUGCCAAUAAAAAUCGUCAACAAGAUCAAAGACAAUCGGAUGAACUAAGUAUUCGAUCGACUUUUGAAAAUUAUAUUAAUGAUAUUUCUAAACUUCUACUUGAUACAAAAUUUAAUCGUAGUAAUCCUGAACAUUUACUGCAUAUUCGUGUAAAAACAUUAACUGUACUUCGCAAUGUUGAUGCUCAUCGAAAACGAGAUAUUGUUUUAUUUCUUUAUGAAAGUCGACUUCUACGAAGUGAUGUCAUGCCCAAUGAACGACUGUCAUUAAAAGAUGCUGAUUUAAAUGGACUUGAAUUUAUUGGUUCGUCAACAGUAUCAAUACAACUUGAUUAUUUGUAUUUACCUGAUGUCUAUUUAUCAAACGGAAUCUUUGAAUGGUGCACAUUAGAUUAUGCUGUGUUCGACAAUGCUUCGAUGUCAAAUACGAAAUUGAUUAAUUCAAGUAUUUGGAAUACAUCUUUUCGAGGAAUUCAUGCACCGGAUGCAACCAUGGGUGAUUUGAUUUUUUAUAAUAAUAGUUUUAUAGGAGCUACACUUGUUCGAACAUCAUUUAUAGGCGGUAUUGUGUGGCUAGAAAAAGUUGAUUUAACUAAUGUAGAUUUACUUGGUAGUCAUGAUUCUGAAGGCAAACUAAUUCAUUAUGAUUUUACUUCGCAAGAUCAAAUAAUUCGUUUUAAUACACGAUUUGCAGAUGGAUCAUUUGAUGGCAUUAAUUCAUCAGAAUUAAUCUUUGAUGGUGGGGCUGAGUUAGGAGUAAGUUUCAUUUCAGUGUAUAGAGAAAUGUUUUGA